ACUGCAUUGGACUAUCUCGUCCACAAGGGCUGACUGCAUUGAUUACAUGGAUAUCUGCAUGCGACGCUUGUUGGCUGUUCUUCGUCCGUAUCGUUCUGUGUGGAUCGGCUAUAACCACGACAAAACCACUUAUCUGAACCGUUCCUCAGCGCGUUUUGCUUCGAGUGGGCCAUCAAUAGCCGGUGGAAAAAGAGAAUUAAACGUUCAAUGUGGUUUGAUCUCAUUCUCUGACAUCACGUUCAUCUUAAUCACAACCAACCCUUUGGCCAGCUGAACCUGCACGGAGAGAGAAUGUGACCCGCACCAAACAACCACGCAACAUUGACAGCUUUAUAAAACUUCCACUAAAUCCAGAGGUUCCCUUUCUGAUACGUCGCGAAGAUUUCGACAAAUAUCUUCGACACUUGUUUUCCCGUAAUUGGGCGAUCUCAUAUGUUCGUUUGUCUGGGAUAACCAUACCAGAGCUUCAGAAACAGUUCUUUUUUGUAGACAACAUCACAGCCCUCGAAUUUGAGGUCAAAUUGUAUGAAAUUGCUCGUGCAGAGAACCAUUUCCCACGUUGGACAGUAGCUGGAAGCAAGGUUCAAGUCCGUACACAUACCAAGUCCCAAUUGACUGUUCCGAGUAGCGCUGGCAAGGCAGGAAUUACUCACCGCGACAUUCGAGUAGCUGGACUCAUCCAAAUGAUGUGGAAACAAGAUUUUCUCGACAAAGGAAAAGGCAAUAUACCUUUGCGCUCCUCGCACAGAAAAACCGAACUCCC